UCACCUGAACCCCGCUUAACCAUGUCAACACAUGUACACCACCGAUACCCUGCAGGCACGGGGUGUUUUUACCUUUCUUGGAUGAAGCACCUCUACGAAAUCCUACACUAUUUUAUCACCGCGGUCGAGAGUCCUUGGUCUUCCCGAUCGCACGCCUUCCUCUAUGCCCCAAGAGUGCUGAGAAAUAAACAACAUUUGCAAUGGCAUCUCUCACCAGGACUCUUCCCGCAUCGUGGUACUGCAGCUCGCCUCUAUAUCAGCUCGAGCGACGCUCUGUCUUCUUCAAGUCCUGGUAUCUUCUCGGCCCCUUAACAAGAUUUGGCGUGGUUGGAGAGCAGGUAGGCUAUGAGAUCGCCCAAGUCGCGUUGACGGCCUGUCGGAUGUCGGAGGAGCCUCGCGAUAUCAAGGUCUAUGAUGAGAAUUCUGGAGCCGAGCUGAAGUCGUACAUCACGGAGACAGGACUGUUAUUCUCCACUAUCUCCGACGAGGCUCCUUCUUUCGACGACUUCUUCCCCGAUCUCAAACCAUUGAUCGGGACGGUGGACUUCACUAAGCUGCCAUAUCGCCGAAGCAUCAAAUACGAGGGCAGCUUCAACUGGAAGACCAUGGUCGACGGCUACCAAGAGUGCCUCCAUUGCCAGUACACCCAUCCCUCAUUCAGCGUCUACUACCCGCCAACGUUCUACACGGUCUACAACCACAAGAACUUCUCCCAGCAUGUUGCCGAUCCGAACAAAGCCGACGAUGGACUCUUUCUCUACUUCUUCCCCAACUGCACGCUGAAUGUAUACGGAGGCGGCAUGUCAUCUUUCCGGGUGUGCCCGACCGAAAAGCCAGGAGUGACGCGCAUGGAAUUCGACUAUUACCAUCUAGAGUCGGGCGACAAGUUCGAGGAGUACUUCAAGUUCGUACGUCAAGUCGCCAUGGAGGACUACGAGCUUUGCGAGAAAGCCCAAGAGAACCUCGAGAAGGGGAUCUACGCCGAAGGCAUUCUGAAUCCUGUAAAGGAGACUGGAGUAGCGUACUACCAGCAGCGGGUCAUGCAUCUCGUUUGCGCCCAACACGAGACAGAAACGGAGUCGGAAUCCAGGGCACGCGAUGACGAUGGCCACAUCAAUACGGCGAUGACCACGCAGCUGGUGGAGCCCACGAUAUCGUAGCGCUCAGCCGCUCAUUUCCAGUGGGCGUGGUGCCUGGGCAAUCAGUUAAACGGUCAAUGUCAAAGUUUCAUUCGUCCAAAGCUACUCGAAGGGUGGAAGCUCCGGGGUCUUUGACGCUCUUUUAUCUUGUAGUCUGAUUUGGCGUGCAUCGAGUGUAUUCAUCGCGACCAAUCAAAUGCCUAUACGGGAAAUGUUAGCCUGAAGAGGAAAAGCGGCUUCUCCACCUCUACGGUCAUGCUGAUAUAACAGGAACAUCGUUCGAAAACGUGGAGGCGCACUGCGGCUCGC